AUGGGAAGAGGGAGGGCUUUAAGGAGGCUUAGAGAAGGGGAUAGAGACGACUGGUUGCCUCUGCAACAGCAGCAGCUGUUGCAGCAGUUAAAGAGGGACCAAAUCUUAGCAAGCGUUCCUUCCCGGUCAGCUCAAUCUGCCCGGAAAAUCCUGGACACGUUGGAUCGGAUGGCUGGGGCUUUGCCUGCUGCGGAGGGUUUUGGUCGGUCAGGGGAAAGGAGGAGAGUGAGUGGGGGUAGUGAGUUGCAGAGAUUGAAGGGGAAAGAGAAGGUUGUUGAGGGGGAGAGCGGUGGGGAGGGAGGGGAGAAUGGGGCAAGAAGCAGAGAAAACGAGCAGCAGUUGCAGCAGCAGCAGCAGCAACAGCAACAACAGGGACAGCAGAGACAAAAGCAACAGGAGCAGCAGGAGCAGAGAGGCGAUGGGCUGGGGAGGGAGAAGGAGGGGGCGAGGGGAGAGGAGGGGGGGGAGGCGAGGCGUGUAGGGGGAGGUGCGUUGGUGGAUGGUGGGAAGGAGGAUGGUGGGCAGGGGACGAGGAGAGGCCGCCAUGGGUUCAGAAUGUCUGUUUUCGAGGAGGACGAGGAGGACAGGCCAAGCCAGGACGCAGCAGCAGCGGGAGGAGGAGGAGCAGCAGCAGGAGCAACAGGUGCAACAGCAGCAACAGGAGCAGGAGGCAGCAAGGCGGUCGAUAGAGAGGCAGCUAAAACAGGAACGGACGCUGCUUCUGCCGCUCCUGUGACCGGCGGGCAGCAGCGCGAGGGGGAGAAGGGCGAGGAGCAGAGCAAGGGGGAUAGAGGCAAGGAAAAGAGCACGGGUGCUACCACUGGAAGUUUCUUUGGCUCAGCAGCGCAUGCAGCAACUCUCGCGCCGCAACCCACGCCUGCAAAGCCAGCAUCACUAGACACCCCUUCUCACUCUUUUCCGUUGUACCUCUUUCCACUCCCCCUGCUCCCCCAUGCCCGCCCUGCCCCUCCCUUGCCCCAUUCCAGUUUCUUUGGCUCAGCAGCGCAUGCAGCAACUCUCGCGCCACAACCCUCCCCUGCAAAGCCAGCAUCUCCAGACACCUCCCAAGGCAAACCCACAGCACCACCCGCAGCAGCAGCAGCUGUGGCAGCACCAGCAGCAACAGCAGCAGCAGCAGCAGCAGCAGCAGCAGCAGCAGGAGCGUCGUCCUUUGGUGCGUCUGGGUUCAAGGCCCCUUCCUUUGGCUCCUCUGCUGCUGCCACAACCUCUCACUUUGGGUCUUCUACCCCUGCUGCCCCUGUCCCUGCUCCUGCCCCUGCCCCUGCCCCUGCCCCUGCCCCUGCUGCCGCUACCUCUGCCAGUGCUCCUUCCUUUGGCAUUUCCCCCACACCCUCCGUCCCCCCUGCCACUGUUUCUCAAUCCGCAGCAGCACCAGCACCUGCACUCACAGGAGCUUCCCCAACGGCAGGACCAUUGUUCGGCAUCAAACCAGCAGCUGCGGAAGCUUCUCCUGCAGCAGCAGCAGCAGCAGCAGCAGCAGGAGGAGGAGGAGGAGGAGCGGCUUUAGGGGCAGCACCAGCCGCAGCAGGGGCAGCACUGUUUGGCUUUAAGCCAGCAGCCGCCGCUCCAGCUGCUGGAAAGGAUGCAGGUGCGGCUACUGCUUUUGGUGGCGGUGAUGGGGGGGAUAGGGGGAGAAGGGGAGGAGAGGAGGGGGGUGAUAUGGGGAGGAGGGGAGGAGGCGAGGAGGAGGAGGAGGCAGAGCCGAGGAGGAAGCGGAGGGUGUCGUCGUCGCCUGUGGGAGGGGAGUCGGGUGGUUCACCUCCUUCCCUCUUUGGCUUUGGAAAGCCGCCCGCAGGGUCCUCCUCUCCCUCAGAAGCCGCAGCUCCACUCUUCGGUGCUGCUUCUGCUGCUCCUCAAGCCUCUGCCCCUGCCACCACAACCACCACCACUCCUUCUGCACCUGCCUUUGGUUCGGCAUCCACCGCACCCGCCUUUGGUUCGGCAUCCACCGCACCCGCCUUUGGUUCGGCAUCCACCGCACCCGCCUUUGGUUCGGCAUCCACCGCACCCACCUUUGGUUCGGCAUCCACCGCACCGGUCUUCGGCUCGGGAUCAACCGCACCUGCCUUUGGCUCGGGAUCAGCACCGACAUUCGGCCUCAGCCCAUCUUCCCCCCUUGCAGCUGCUUCUACCCCAAGCUCUGCCGCCACAGCCACAGCUACUGCCACAGCUACAGCCACAGCCACUGGUUUUGCCACCGCUUCUACCCCUUCCUUCGGUCUCGCUGCACCGUCCUUCGGUGGGGCCACAACCACCCCAUCAACAGGCAUCACCACAACCGCCCCUUCUUUCGCCACUUCAAGUGCCCCUACUUUCGGCACCACAACUGCCCCAUCCUUUGGCCUUACUGCGACCGCCCCGUCCUUCGGCCUCGCCUCGGCUCCAGCGUUUGGUGGCUCUUCCACUGCUGCAGCUGCCGCAUCAGCAGCACCUGCAGCCACCACCACCACUCCAGCCUUCGGCUCUGCUGCUGCUCCUGCUGCUGCCCCCACCACCACCACUGCCGCUGCUACCACUUUUGGCAGUCAGCCUGCUCCUUCCUUUGGGGCAUUCGGCUCUACUCCUGCCUUUGGCUCUGGUGCUGCUUCUACCACCACUGCUUCCGCCACUGCUGCAGCUCCUGCUUUCGGAUCGUCUGCUGCUGCCCCGGCCUUUGGCACCACUGCUGCAGGUCCUGUGUUUGGCGCUCCAUCCUCCUCCCCUGCCUUUGGUGCUGCAUCCUCUCCUGCCUUCGGUGCUGCUUCCACCCCAGCGUUUGGCACAUUCUCUGGUUCAUCCGCCCCUGCUUUUGGAUCCUCCGCGCCUACUUUCGGAUCAUCUACCCCAGCUUUCGGCUCGUCAACAGCUGCUGCUACAGCUCCGCUCUUUGGCACCCCAUCCACCACGCCAGCACCUGUUUUCGGUGCCCCUGCUGCCGCAAGUACUGGUGCCGCUACUGGCUUUGCCUUUGGCGCUACGGCAUCAUCAACCCCCUCUGCCUCUACCACCCCUGCUGCUGCUGCUUCCUCGUCUCCCGCGCCUGUUUUUGGAUUUUCCGCUGCUUCUUCCGGACCUGCCGCCGCACCUGGGUUCACGUUCGGCGCUGCCGCACCAGGAGCUCCGGCAGCAGCAUCUGCACCAGCAGCGUCGCCGUUUGGUUUUGCCGCCUCCCAGCCUGCCUCCUCUCCUGCUCCAUUCUCCUUCGGGGCCCCAGCAGGCCCAGCAGCAGGAGGAGGAGGAGCAACAGCAGCCGCACCCUUCACCUUUGGAGGGGGAGGAGCAGCAGCACCAGGGGCACCUGCAGCAGCGGGAGCAGCAGCAGCAGGUGCAAAUCCCUUUGCCUUCGGCUCCACCUCCUCUCCCUCGGCUGCUCCUGGCGCCUUCGCAUUUGGAUCUAACCCUGCUCCUGCUGCCUCCGCUGCUCCCUUUGGUGCAGCCUCCGGCUUCCCAGGAGCCACUGGGAGCAGCAGCCCCUUUGGUGGGAUGCAACAGAAUACAAUGUCCAUGGAACCAGGUGGCAUGGCAACGGCUGUUUCCACUCCUGUCGUUUUCGGAGCCUCGCCGUCCCCGGCAGGAGCUAAUCCUUUUGCGUUUGGGCAGCCCGCAGCUGGAGGUGCCCCCCCGGGCGCUGCCCCGUUUUCGUUCGGUGGUGCUGCUGCUUCCCCGUCGCCAGCGGGGAGUGGUGGGUUUGCUGCUCCGUCCAUGGUGUUUGGUGCUGGUGCUGGUGGUGGUGGCGUUGGAGGUGGGGCUCCUGCUGGUGGUGGUGGGUUCUCGAUGGGAGCAGGUGCACCCACUCCUGGGAGGAGAGUGGUCAAAGCCAAGAGACCAACGGCAAGACGUCGAUAA